AAUUACUAAAUUUUUUAUUUUUAGUAAUUCAUUUAGAACCUUUACAACCAAGUAAUUCAUUUAGAACCUUUACUAAUCCAACCAAAUAAAUAAGAUGCGUUUCUUUUAUUUUUUCCUUAGAAAUCACACCAUCCAAACAACCUAAAUCGUAAAUGCGUAAUUAGCAAGAGACCAAAAUCACACACCAAGAGAGAGAGAGAGAGAGAGAGAGAUGAACAGUGUAUGGAUGUGACAAAAACGGUAAUGGCAAACCCUAGAAAGAACUCAUAUUCAGUUUUUUCAAACAAUCAGACCUCAGACACCAACAACAAUCCAUCUUCAUCAUCAUCUCAGGUUCAAACCCUAACAACACUAUCUUCAUUGAAAUUAUUCUUGAAGAAGCCCCAUGCUUUCCCAUUCCUUCUCUCUUUGUUCCUCCUCCUCACUUGGGUCUCUCUUAGACUCCAACACUCUGCUCAUUUCUCAUCCCCUCCACAUCUCACUCACCCUCGCCAAUGGAGCAGAGACAGAGUUGAUGACGACGAUCACAAGGUCAAUCUCCUCAGGUUCUCAUCUGCAUAUCCUUCUCGCAUCACCAAAGACAACCGUGGAUGGUUGCUUGAUCCCAUCUCUGUUGCCCGCAAUGCUGCCAUUUCAGGUUUCUCUCUCUCUCUCUCUCUCUCUCCCCCUCAAAGUCCCCUUGAUAUAUGUAUAUAUAUAUGUGUUUGUGUAUUGAUGAGAGAGAAAACAGAAAUUGUGCUUCAACUUCACCUUGGAGAAAUUCGACCUGGUAGUUUGAGGGGAAACCACAGACACUAUACCUGUAAUGAGACGUUUGUCAUUUGGGGGGCUAAAACAAUAUUUAGGGUAUGCUUCCAGUUCCCUUCUCAAGUACAAAUGUUGUUAUGUAAUGCUUUUCUUUUUCUUUUUCUUUUAAUUAAUUAAUUAAUUAUUUAUUUGGUAGUAUGCAGUAUAAGAUGGAAGUUUAGUAGAUUUCUUCUUGGAAAGUGAUUUGAUUUCUAUUGCAACAAGAGAGGCCUGUUAUUAUAACCCUUUUGAUUAUCAAAAAGAGUGAGAGAAAGGAACAAAAGCUUAAGUCAACAUCUUUCUCCAGAUUCCAGUCCUCCUAAGAACCAGAUGGAGAGCAAAAAUUAAUUCUAUAUGAUGUUUUUUGGAUGCUAACUUCCCUUUUGUUGUAAACAUUGCUAUCUAUUUCUCUUGAAUUUACAGGCCCAACUAAGAGGCUAAAAUACC